CCUGCCCCUUCAUCUACUUCCAGAUGCGCCUUUUUGCUGCUCAAUCACAGUAUGCUGAUCGGCUUGCUGAUGCUGGUUUUGACAUAAUUGUAUCAUAUAGCGACCCUUCUGGUGAAAUUCACGUUAGAAGUGUCAAGUCUAAGGACCUAUCUGCUUCAUGGGUAUGGAAAAGGCCCGGAAAUGUGAAUCACGAUCGAACAAGGACCUCCUUGAAGCCAGGUGUACUUACACCUGUCACCGAUUUCUUUUCUCAGAUAGUACAUGACCCAGUUCAAACUAAGAUAAGCUCGAAGAACAAUGGUGAUGAUUCUGGUAGAGAUAACUUGUUUGGAGCUGACAUACUACAGACACGGGCAAAAAUUGUGCAUCCUGUGAAACUUAAGAGACAGAUGCUACGAAGGGAAAGAAGGCGAAUGCGCUCUGCGGAUCUUAUGAAACAAGACAAGAAGAUUGAUAGCCAGAUGCAAGAAGCUGCCAUUGAAAGAGCAGCAGAGCUUGAUACAACUAUCAAGGGUAAAUAUGGCAUAUGGAGGAAAGAGUACGAGAACCCCAACUCUGAUUCCACAGUGAAACUUAUGCGCGAUCAGAUUAUUAUGGCAAGAGCUUAUGCAACGAUUGCCAAGGCUAAGAAUGAGACGGCACUUUACGAUUCUCUAAUUAAACAUUCUUUAGAAAGUCAACUUGCUAUUGGAGAAGCAACAACUGAUGCUGAACUUCAUCCAAGUUCACUUGAUGGAGCAAAAGCUAUGGGUCACAUCCUCGCUACAGCAAAGGACCAGUUAUAUGACUGCAUUUUAAUAGCAAGAAAGUUGAGAGUGAUGCUUCAGGCAAGUGAGACGAGUGUUAAUUCUUUGAAGAAGAAAAGUUCGUUUCUGAUACAACUAGCCGCCAAAACAGUUCCCAGACCAUUGCACUGCAUUCCAUUGGUUCUCACCACAGACUACUACCUUCGCAAAUAUGAAGAAAGAGAAUUUCCUAACAAAGAGAAACUUGAAGAUCCUUCUCUAUACCAUUAUGCCAUCUUUUCAGACAAUGUACUCGCAACAUCUGUUGUUGUGAACUCCACGGUGAUACAUGCAAAAGAGCCCGAAAAGCACGUUUUCCAUAUAGUCACGGAUAAGCUCAACUUUGCUGCUAUGAAGAUGUGGUUUUUGGUCAAUGCACCUUCUGGUGCAGUAAUUCAGGUGCAGAACGUGGAUGACUUUAAGUGGCUCAAUUCAUCAUACUGUCCUGUUAUGCGCCAACUUGAAUCGGCAAGAAUGAUAGAGUAUUAUUUCAAGGCACACCAAUCGUCAUCCCUUAUUUCCGGAACUGACAAUCUUAAAUACAGGAACCCGAAAUACUUGUCUAUGUUGAAUCAUCUCAGAUUCUACCUUCCUGAAGUUUAUCCGAAGCUGGAUAAGAUAUUGUUCUUGGAUGAUGACAUUGUUGUUCAGAAGGACCUUACGCCUUUGUGGUCUGUUGAUCUGAAAGGGAUGGUGAAUGGUGCUGUCGAGACCUGUAAGGAGAGCUUCCAUAGAUUUGAUAAGUAUCUCAACUUCUCUAACCCGAAGAUAUCUUCCAAUUUCGACCCUAAUGCUUGUGGCUGGGCGUACGGUAUGAAUAUCUUCGAUUUGAGAGAAUGGAGAAAACGUGACAUUACUGGAAUUUACCAUCGUUGGCAGAACAUGAAUGAAGACAGGACUCUUUGGAAACUCGGAACACUUCCUCCAGGAUUAAUAACUUUCUACAAAUUAACACACCCACUGGAUCGAAGCUGGCAUGUGUUGGGAUUGGGAUAUGAUCCUGCCCUUAACCAAACCGAAAUCGACAAUGCUGCAGUUGUUCAUUAUAAUGGAAACUAUAAACCAUGGUUGGAUCUUGCCAUUGGGAAGUACAAAUCUUAUUGGUCUAGAUAUGUCACUUUCGACAAUAUUUAUCUACGGCUAUGUGACCUUAACGAAUAAUGGUUGGAUUUUCCUUUGUGACACGAUGAUGUUUGCUGAUCGCGGACUGCAAGAAAAAUUUCAACAAACUCAAUCUGAGAUAGUUGAGGCCAAGCUGGACAACUGGGAUGUCUAGAAGCAGCGGCAGCAGCUUCAGAUGGAGUUGGAGAGGAAGUACAUUGGCUGUUUGAUGCUGACUGGAUGGCUUGACAUUCGGUAUAUACUUUGUUCGGUUUUUCGUGCUUGUAUUACAUUAUUGUACUCUGGGGAUUCGUUUGCAGCACGGAAAAACAAUUUUGUAAGAUGUUGAGUAGGUAUUUUGAUCAUGACUUUCCAAGUACCUGGAUGUUUGAUUUUUCUCCGUGGAUUAAAGUUCUUGUGAUGCGCUUUUUGUUUGGUGUCUUUGGGGGUGUGUGUUUAUGUUAAUGUUUUUUUGUUUUUAAGUUGGGGAUUGCUCGAGGAAGAUAUGGUUAUUUACUGGUGAGUGUCACUUGACCUUCUAAAUGACUGUUGAAAAUUUUUCUAAAAUCUUUAGAAA